AAAGGCUAAAACCCUUCCAAAUAGUAAACCCAUUGGCCUUUUUUCUUCUUCUUCUUCUUCCUCUUGGAAGUUCAUUUGAUUUGGCUAAACCCCUUAUCCAGCUCCCCUCCCCAGUAUCAUACGCUGUCGAUUCAGAUGUCAGCAGCAACAUGGCGGCAGCUUCCAUCUCCAAAACUCUAGCAAGAACUCUCCGCCAAGGUGUUUCCAGGAGUCCCACCACCCUUCCAUCGCAAUGGGUUCGGGCCCCACUUCCUCCGCUUUCCUCCUUCUCCACCUCAGCCCCCUCCAUCUCCUCUCCCACUACUCCACCUCCAGAGCAAGAGAGGAGGUCGGCGUGGUCAAAGCUGUUGCUUUUCAUACCAGGAGCUAUCACUUUUGGCCUCGGCACUUGGCAAAUCUUCAGAAGACAAGAAAAGAUUAAAAUGCUGGAAUAUAGGCAGAAUAGGCUAGGAGUGGAGCCACUUAAGUGCGACAAGGUUGCACCUUCAAGUGAAACUUUGGUUUCUUUGGAGUUCAGGAGGGUACAAUGUAAAGGAGUUUUCGACGAGAAGAGGUCAAUUUAUAUUGGCCCGCGUUCCAGAAGUAUUUCAGGAGUUACUGAAAAUGGAUACUAUCUCAUCACUCCUCUCUUGCCUAUCCCUGGGAACCCUGAGAGUUUGCAGUCCCCUAUUCUUGUCAACAGAGGAUGGGUCCCACGUGCUUGGAGGGACAAGUCAUUAGAGGCUCCUGCAGAUGAUAGACAGACUUCAGAUGCUCCAUCCUCCUCUACUCGAGAGAACACAAAAGGUUCAUGGUGGCCGUUUGCAUCAAAAAAGGCAGAGGAUAAAGUUCCAACUAUUUCCCCAGUUGAAGUAACUGGAGUCAUUCGAGGCAGUGAAAAGCCUAGCAUAUUUGUUCCAGCAAAUGAUCCUAGUUCCUCUCAGUGGUUUUAUGUCGAUAUACCUGCAAUUGCUCGUGCUUGUGGUCUUCCUGAUAACACACUGUACAUUGAAGAAAUCAAUGAAAACAUCGACCCAAGCAAACCAUACCCUGUUCCAAGGGACAUUGCUACAUUAAUACGUAGUUCAGUCAUGCCUCAAGACCACCUAAACUAUACAAUUACAUGGUAUUCCCUUUCAGCUGCUGUGACAUUUAUGGCUUUUAAGAGGCUUAAACCGAAGAGAAGCCGGAGAUAGAUGAUUUCUUUGUUAUAAUUGGAAGAUUCGGAUUAUGCUUCAUUUCUAUUUGAUACUGCAAGAAACUAGUGUACGGAAAUAAUCUAGUGCAGCUCCUCGUCCGACUUGCCAAUUGGGUAUUAGAUUAGCACUAGAGUUUACUUUCUUUGCCUUCCCAGGUGAGAAGUUGCUUCUGACGAAGUUGUUAGUAGCAAAGCUUUUUAUUAUUAUUUUUUCCGAGGAUCGGGUAAUGUUGAGAAACCCGUUGUGCUCCCCCCUGGUAAUGACAUCAGUAA